GUGAGGGCGGGGCCCGAGUACAGACCCGGAAGCGGGUGCAGGCCAGCCGGCUAGCCGGGGGGCCAUGGCAGCCACGGCUCCUGCAGCCGAGGGGGUCCCAGGUCGGGGGCCUCCCGGGGAGGUGAUUCAUCUGAACGUGGGAGGCAAGAGAUUCAGUACCUCUCGUCAGACUCUCACCUGGAUCCCAGACUCCUUCUUCUCCAGUCUUCUGAGCGGACGCAUCUCAACACUGAAAGAUGAGACCGGAGCCAUCUUCAUCGACAGGGACCCCACCGUCUUCGCCCCCAUCCUCAACUUCCUGCGCACCAAAGAGUUGGACCCCAGGGGUGUCCACGGUUCCAGCCUCCUCCACGAAGCCCAGUUCUAUGGGCUCACUCCUCUGGUUCGCCGCCUGCAACUGCGGGAGGAGUUGGACCGGUCUUCUUGUGGAAGCGUACUCUUCAAUGGUUACCUGCCUCCACCAGUGUUUGUCCCAGUGAAGCGGCGGAACCGGCACAGCCUAGUGGGGCCCCAGCAGUCAGGGGGACGGCCAGCACCCGUUCGACGCAGCAACACCAUGCCCCCCAACCUGGGCAGUGCGGGGCUGCUGGGCCGCAUGCUGGAUGAGAGAGCCCCGCCCUCCCCUUCGGGGCUUCCGGAGGAGCCAGGGAUGGUGCGCCUGGUGUGUGGGCAUCACAACUGGAUCGCUGUGGCUUACACCCAGUUCCUUGUCUGCUACAGGCUCAAGGAAGCCUCUGGCUGGCAGCUGGUGUUUUCCAGUCCACGCCUGGACUGGCCCAUUGAGCGGCUGGCACUCACAGCUCGGGUGCUUGGUGGGGCUUUGGGUGAGCAUGACAAGAUGGUGGCAGCGGCCACAGGCAGUGAGAUCCUGCUGUGGGCUCUACAGGCCGAAGGUGGUGGCUCCGAGAUAGGCGUCUUCCAUCUGGGGGUGCCCGUGGAGGCCUUAUUCUUCGUUGGGAACCAGCUCAUUGCCACAAGCCACACGGGGCGCAUCGGGGUGUGGAAUGCUGUCACCAAGCACUGGCAGGUCCAGGAGGUACAACCCAUCACCAGCUAUGACGCAGCGGGUUCCUUCCUUCUCCUGGGCUGCGACAACGGCUCCAUCUACUACGUGGAUGUGCAGAAGUUUCCCCUGCGCAUGAAAGACAAUGAUCUCCUUGUCAGUGAGCUCUACCGGGACCCAGCAGAGGAUGGAGUCACAGCCCUCAGCGUCUACCUCACCCCCAAAACGAGUGACAGUGGGAACUGGAUUGAGAUUGCCUAUGGUACCAGCUCUGGGGGCGUGCGGGUCAUCGUCCAGCACCCUGAAACCGUGGGCUCAGGACCCCAGCUUUUCCAGACCUUCACUGUGCACCGCAGCCCCGUCACCAAGAUCAUGCUCUCGGAGAAGCACCUCAUCUCAGUCUGUGCCGACAACAACCAUGUGCGCACGUGGUCCGUGACUCGCUUCCGGGGCAUGAUUUCCACCCAGCCUGGCUCCACCCCGCUCGCUUCCUUCAAGAUCUUGGCACUGGAGUCAGCCGACGGGCAUGGCGGCUGCAGCGCCGGCAAUGACAUUGGCCCCUAUGGCGAGCGGGAUGACCAGCAGGUAUUCAUUCAGAAGGUGGUGCCAAAUGCCAGCCAGCUCUUUGUGCGUCUUUCGUCCACUGGGCAGAGGGUGUGCUCUGUGCGCUCCGUGGACGGCUCCCCCACCACCGCCUUUACGGUGCUUGAGUGUGAGGGCUCCCGGCGGCUUGGCUCUCGGCCCCGGCGCUACCUGCUCACCGGCCAGGCCAAUGGCAGCCUGGCCAUGUGGGACCUCACCACCGCAAUGGACGGCCUCGGCCAGGCCCCUGCCGGUGGCCUGACGGAGGAAGAGCUGAUGCAGCAGCUGGAGCAGUGUGAGCUGGCGCCCCUGUCUGCCUCCAGGAGCUCCCUCCGGAGCCCCUCACCCCGCACCUCUGUCACCAGUCUUCACUUGGCCUCCAGCAGCACCUCCUUGUCUGGCCGGCGCGGGAGCCCAAGCCCCCCACAGGCUGAGGCCCGGCGUCGUGGGGCAGGUAACUUCGUGGAACGCUGCCAAGAACUGGUGCGGGCUGGGCCAGAGCCCCGCCGGCCACCAACACCAGCCCCUCGGCCCGCCACGGGUCUGGGAGCCCCCCUUGCACCCCCCAAGGUGAAGCUCAAUGAAACUUCCUUCUGAACACAGCUACCAUGGUGCCUUUGGAUACCCAGAUCCUGGGGGUGGGGGGUCAGGGGGCCUCUGGUGCCUCCCUGCUUCCUGUCAGAGCCCUGGGUUCAGGGCCAGGGCCUCCUUGGAAUGGUCACUGUUACUAAGCCCCCACUGCCCCCCCUUUUCUGGAGCCAAAGCCACCCUCCCCUAAUAAAGUUCUCACUGCCAACACCUUGCCGACAGAGAGAGCACAAGUAGGCAGAGCAGCAGGCAGAGAGAGAGGGGAAAGCGGGCUCCCUGCUGAUCAGGGCUCCAUCCCAGCCAAAGGCAGAGGCUUAACUCACUGAGCCACCCAGGUACCCCAACCUUGCUGACAUUCUUAGAAGGUUUGGGGACCCCCAGGGAAAGGGUGGGAGAGAUGUGGGGGACCAACCAGAUGUCUGGCUAUAGAUUCAAGAACAUCUGGCUGUCUUUCGGUUUAAGCGAAGAAGGGGAACAUAAUGGUUUACCCCUGGUUUCAGGCAUAGUUGGAUCCAGGGAUUCAAAAACCCAUCCAGAAUGUCUUUCCAUCUUUUGGCUUUGCUGGCCUCUGGCUGCAUCAUUCUCAGUCAGGUUUUCCCCUCUGGGUGCCAAGAUGACUCCAGGUACUUCCUUAGCAACUUUUUUCCUCUCCAGCAUCAGAAAAAAAAAAAA